CUUUUGAUUUCAUACAGGUGAAAGUUGAUUGUAUCGAAUUUAUUUUAAUUUAACAAAAUUGCAUCCUUAGAAUGUAAUAAGAAUGUUCUUUUUUUAGAAGGAAUGUGCCUAGAAUAUUCGCCAAAACCAUUGCGAAUGUCCUGAGAAUGUUCUGAGAAAAGAUUGUAGAAAUACUGUUUGCAAUACCCAAUAACUUCCUGGGAAAUCCAUUGGGAUAUUCCUAGAAUAUACCUAUGAGAUUCUCAGUACAUUCUGAAAAGAAUAUUCCUGUUUGAUUCUAAAAAUAUGCUUGAAAUGUAUAUUCUCACAUUGAAAGAAUGUUUCUAUGACAUUAUAGUUAUGUUCUCAAUAGAAUAUUAUACCAAUAUGCUUGAAAUAUUCUUAGAAUAUAUCUACAUAUAUCUUUCUCAAUAUGCAUCCUAGACAUAAUAUUCUUGUUUGAUUCUAAGCAUAUACUUGGAAUGUUAAUUUUCGCAUCCAAAUAAUGCCCCUUUCGGCCCUUUCAGUCCUUUUAUAUUAAAGGCAGUGAAAGAGUUGUUGGAAAACUUCUCUGGAAAACACAAGCUCCGGUCCGGUUUCGAGCUUGUUAUUAUGCUCUCGUCGCGGUAAACACGCCAACUGACAGAAACAGUUUCCAAGGAGAUUCAAACGCUAGACAAGAUGUAGAUCUUUGAUAGCGCGUGGCUCCCUCUCUUGGAAGUCCUACAAAGCAACAGAAAAAGAAUAUACCUAUAAUAUUUUUAGUAGGUUCUAGAUAGAGCAUUAUUGUUUAAUUGUUCAAUUAAGAUUUUUGAGUAGGUACUUUAGAUAAUUAGAUGAACAAUAUAAAAAUAUUCUUAUCAUGGUUAUCUACCUACAUAAACUUCUCAGCACAACUUGGUAGGUAUGUUCUUAAUACUUGAUAGAGAUAUUAGCUGGAAGAACAUUUUUUAGGGUACAUUCUAAUAAUGUUCGUAUGACAAUAUUCAAAAAAUGUUAUAUUAAGUAGUUUCUUAGCACAAUCUCUCAAGUAGGUGCAUAGAAGCAACAUUCCUAAUACAUAAAUAGAACGUCCAAAAAUUAAUACCUAUUUCAAUCGAAACAAUCUUAGAAUAUUCAUUAAACAUUCCUGAAAGAACAUUCGAAAAAGCACUUUGAGGGAAUAUUCUGAGAAUAUGAAUGUUCUUUCACUGUUAUGUGGGUAAUGAUAUGGCCAGCCACUGGUAAUGAACUUAUAUGACAACUAUAUUUUAAUAUUAUUUGAUUUGGAAUUUAUUGAAUCUGAUGUUUUUUUUAUCUUUUAAAAUUAUUUAAUUCUUGAUUUUUAACCUCACUGUGAAAAUAUACACUGAUUUAAUUUUAAACUUACUUAAUUGUUUUAUUGGUUUACCUAUGUCAAGAUUUGGUUGAAUUAUAUGCCUUAUUUAUUUCCUUUCCAGAAUUAUCAAUUACCGUUUGCUGAUUUUUUUUUUUCUUUUUUAGAUGUGUUUCUGAGUUUUCACCCUUAUGUAAUUUAAUUUUUUUAUAUUUUUUUCAAAUUGAGUGGCGCCCUUGCCAUUCUGUACUUAUUAAACUGUUGACCCAUUCCUAAUAAUUAUUCGCUGAGCAAACUGAGCAUAUUAUGGGCCUCUUGUUAAUUCAUUAACAAAAGGGGUUACAACCCGUAUCUUCGUCUAGAGGGGCUGUACCAGAAAGAGGUACUGAUAUUAGGAGACUCGUGUCCAGAUGGGCUUUUCCGAGUAGAGGUACUGGCACUGGUUCAAGUCUCCUUUUAUUUUGUCGAGAGCCACUAUUUAUAUUUAUCUAUUGCUGAGUCGCCAAUCAAUAUCCGGCCUGACUCGCCAAUGAAUAAAUAAGGUUAAAUACCGGGCCUCCUGCUGACAAUGGCUGGGUCAGGUAAUUGCAUCUGCGAGAAAAGGAGCAAAUUUUGACGGACGCGCGUAUCACGUGUCAGAUCACGUGACAUCUGUCAAAUUUUGCUUAUUUUGCUCGCACAUGCAAUUACCGAACCCAGCCAACAUCUGAAAAUAUUUUAGCUUGAAAUUUGCAUAAAUUUCCAGGAGUAGGUAAUGAGUUAAUUAUUUAUGUUAUUGUACAAAAUUCGAAAUCAUUCAAAAACAACAUCUUUUAAUUUUAUAAUCUUAUUCUCAAUGAAAACACUUUAGAUUACCAAUAUAAAACAUUAUUAUGUAGGUAUUUAUUUGUUUUACAAGAAUGUAGGGACAGGACCAAAUAUUUUUUUUGUUUUACCUAUAUCUAAGAGCAUACUUACUCUUUAUAUGUAUAUAAGUAAGAACAUACCUAACAAAGAUAAAGAGUUAUCUAAUGGGUAUACACAAUAGUUCACACUUCGGCUAGGAUAAAAUAAAUAAUAAAAAUAAAAUUGUCUUGAAGUAUAGAAUAUAUAAACAAUCAUUAUUUACCUACUUGAGUGACCACGGACGUAUUAGAAAAGAAAAACAAGAACAGUGUCGCUUCUAGGAAAUUUUGCAAGAACAAGGAACAACACAACGGGAGACUGUUGAAAGCAGAUGAACACCAGCGAGACUGGGAUAAACUAGGUGCUGGAAAUGACGCUUUUCGCAGAUCUGCAGCCUCCACCUUUACAGGUAGAUGAUAGAUGUGAAUACAAAAGUUGUGCAAUUUUGGCUUAAUUUUUAGAAUCCAUCGUUAGAAACAAAAAUUUAUUUUCAGAAAUUUGGAAUUUUGCGUAGGUACCUACUUUGAACUUUUUUCAAAUGAAAUUUUUGAAGUGCACAAUUUCCCGAUUCCAAAAAUAUAUAGUUUGUCUAUAUUUGGUUGAGCCGUCUCCAACUUAUUUGGCUCUAAAAAUUCUAAAAACGCUAUUAGAGAAACUGAGUGCCUCAAAUUUUACCUGCAGCUGACACCAGAAUAAACGACUUCUGCACUGACAGAAUGAAGAUGAGAGUUUAGUUUAUUUACAAUUUUUUUGGAAGAAAAAUUCUCAAUUAAAAAACAAGUAAGGUUCGUUUCACCAGGGUUCAUAGUUGACCUUGAAACUUGAAGAGAAAAGGGUUGUCGUAGAUUAAUUCAUGACACACUCAAUUUUUUUGACAUAAAAUGAAUGACUUCUGGUUUAAGAACCGACGAACGUUUUUGACGUCAUUGAUUUGUUUCAGUCAAUUUUGAUUUGUUAAACAAGGAAGGCAAAUGCUGGUGGCAAGUACAAACCCUAGCGAAACAAACUUUACCUACCUGCGGCUUGAAAAUAAUAAAUGUAGGACUAUGCCUUUACAACUUCAAAUUGAGACUUAUCACAAUCAAAUUGAGAACAAACAUUUUCAAAUUGAGAUUAAAUAAAAUCAAAUUGAGAACAAUCAAUUUCAAAUCAAUUUGAAGUUGUAAAGGUAUAGAUACCUAUAGUACCUACAUUUGCGUAUAACAUAAUUAUAUCUAUAUCUAUUAAAUUAAUUUCUGCGUUUAUCACAAAAUUGCGUAUCUUUUCCACUUGAAGAUAAACUCGAGUAUUUUUAAUUUAAAAAAAAAAAACGCUUUUAUAAUAAUAUAUUGUCUUAAUGAGUACCUAAUUAUAUUUUCAUAAGAAAGCAUAUAAAUUUUCUUACUAAAAUGUCCCUUUUUACUAGUUGCCCAGUAUCUGCCUCUUUGCCAACCAAUUACGAACAUUACACUUCCGAUGGCAUUAAUCAAGGAUUAAAUGCGAACCAGAGUUAUUUUACUUUGAAUGAUAAAUUGGUUCGAAUAUAUAGCGGAGCUAUGCACUAUUUUAGAGUGCCUCGCGCCUCUUGGAGAGACAGAUUAAAAAAACUUCGGGCGGCAGGAUUGAACACUGUAGAAACCUACGUGCCAUGGAGUUUACAUGAAACACAGUCAGGACAAUGUGAUUUUGAUAGUAGUGAUUUCGAAUUCGAUGAUUUUCCACAGCUAGAGGCAUUCCUUAAAACUGCCAAAGAAGAGGAUUUGUUUGUAAUUUUACGUACUGGUACCUCGAUUUGCUUAGAUAACAAUUCUAGUGAUUCUGGGCUUCUGAAGGAAAACAAAAUAGGAUUAAGGACUUCUGAAUCGGUAUACUUGAAAUAUUUCAAUGUGCUUUUGACUCUUCUCGCUGCUUUCCAAUUCACUAAAGGCGGUCCAAUAAUCGCUUUUCAUAUAGAAAACCAAUUUGGAAACCAAGAAUCUAGAGACAAAUGUCAACCAGACAAAGCUUAUUUGGAACAACUCAGGCAACUGUUUAUUAAUAAUGGCAUUGCGGAAUUAAUGGUUAUUUCUGAUAGUAAUGCCUGUGAUAAUGUCCUUGUGCUUGUUAAUGGUGCGUCGGAACAACUAAAACCAACUGAAAUGGAUAGAUUUGGGUGCUACAGGAUGAACAUCUCCAACGUAACUCUAAACCAAGAAGCAAUAAAUAGUACAUCUCUGGAUAUUAUUGUUAAAGAAUGGGGAAGCAUAAACGAUGAAUUAUUUGAUCAGUGCGAUAAGAUUUCCAAGGGAAAGUGGCAAGGGCAAUAUGAUUUUGGUAAUGGUGGAUCAGAGUUCGAAGACUUCCUUCACCUGGAGGAGUUCUUAAAAACUGCUAAAGAAGAGGAUUUGUUUGUAAUUUUACGUCCUGGUCCCUAUAUUUGCUCAGAAUACAAUUUUGGUGGUUUUCCUGCUUGGCUCCUGAGGGAAAAAACGAUGGGAUUCAGGACUUCUGAACCGACCUACAUGAAAUUCGUUACCAGAUAUUUCAAUAUUCUUCUGACUCUUCUUGCCGCAUUCCAAUUUACUAAAGGCGGUCCAGUAAUUGCGUUUCAAGUGGAGAACGAAUAUGGAAACCAAGAAGCUGGAGACGAAUUUCAACCUGACAAAGCUUAUUUGGAACAACUCAGACAACUCUUCAUCAAUAAUGGCAUUGUAGAACUACUAGUUACUUCGGAUAGUCCUUUAUCGCAUCAGGAUAAAGGUACGUUACCUGGCAUAUUCCUGCAAACAGCCAAUUUAGGAGCCAGCGUAACGGAGCAACUAGAUAAAUUAGAAGAGCUGCAGCCUGGUAGGCCAUUAAUGGUAAUGGAAUAUUGGGUUGGUUGGUUUGAUUUUUGGGGCCAAAACCAUACCGGUAAAAGUGAUGGUCAAACUCGGAGAUAUUUGAAACUUAUUUUGGAUAGAAAUGCUUCAUUCAAUGCAUACAUGUUCUUAGGAGGCACUAAUUUCGCUUUUAACAGUGGAGCAAGUUUGAGUCAUACUUUCGAAGCAAUUACUACAAGUUACGAUUAUGAUUCUCCUCUAAGCGAAAAUGGCCAAUAUACAAGCAAAUAUCACAUUUUUAAAGAGUUAGUCGAUGCAGCUAAUCCUGUAAAAACCUUUAUUCCUGAUGUUCCCGAAGCCACUGUUCCUGUGGCUUAUGAUUCUGUAAAAUUGGACAGAGUCAUUCCAUUUAAGACCUUAUUGGAAAAUAAUGCUCCUAUAAUUAUUGAAAGUGAUCAAUUGUUGCCCAUGGAAAAAUUGGAUAUUAACAACAAUUCUGGACAGAGUAAUGGAUAUAUUGUUUAUAGAAAGGAAAAUGUUGAUUUGGAAGCAAAUUCUGUUUUGACUAUUGAAGGUAAAGUCUGUGACCAUGUCCUUGUGCUAGUUAAUGGCGAGCUUAUAGCUCCAAAACAACUAAAAUACGCAUCUGAACUUGAUGGAUUUGGUUUCUACAGGCUGCAAAAUUCCAACGUAACUCUAAACCGAGAAGCAAUACAUGGGGCUACUUUGGAUAUUGUCGUUGAAGAAUGGGGACGCAUGAACGGUGGAAAAUAUAAUCAGUACAAUAACACUUUCAAGGGACUUUGGCAAGGAAAUGUUUCAAUAAACAACCAAAACAUUUUCAAUUGGAAAAUCGUUCCAUUCGAAUUGAAAAAGCAGUGGGUAAAUGAACUUGAAGGUUGGCAAGAGUAUUCCAGUGGAUUGAUUGAGCCUGCAAUGUAUAGUAGCAUUUUGAAUAUCGAUGAUGCACCUGAAGAUACCUUUGUUGAUAUUCGAGGAUGGGGCAAAGGUAUGGUUUUUGUUAAUGGAUUUCCUCUGGGAAGAUACGCAGCAGUUGGUCCACAACGAACACUUUAUCUGCCAGCUCCUUUAUUAAAACAAGGACAAAACCGAAUCAAUUUCUUGGAGCAUUUUUAUGCGCCUGGAGAUGGUUUAGUCAAAUUUGCCACAAAAUUAAUUUUCGAAGAUGUAUUUUGAUUUUUCCGGGUUUACAAACUAUGCAUUGCAAACGCCUAAGAUAUAACAUUUUAUCAUGAAUAAACGUAAAUCAUAAAAAGAUUAGCUUGGCUAAAAAUAGAAAAGUGUUUUCGAUUUCAAACCGAUUCUUUUUUCAACAAUGACGAUUUCUUUAUGAAGCUUCGUUAUUUUUAUCCUUAUCCUUUGUACUUUCAUUUCAAGGAAACAUAGGUACCAUCGUCACCAAAAGUAUCUGGGACACAAAUAAUGCCUAAUAAUCUCCUGGACUAAUUCUACUGUCAUUCAUUUUAAUGCAUUUAAUUCAUAGUUUGACAAACAUUUGACAAUAAAAUUCAUAUAAUAGGACAAGAGCUAAUGUGAUGCUGUCCCAGUUACUUUUGGUGACGAUGGUACAUACAUACUCCAUUUCACGUGGCUGAAGUUAUAGUAUUUGUAAUACCCAUUUAGAAUAACCCCAUCCUUAUUUAUCACCCAAGAUGACUAUUUAGUGUAAUCAGUUGCUUUGUAAAAACACA